UUCAACGAGAGCGCAGGGUCUAGAUCUUAGCCUGUUUGGCGUCAACCGGAACAUGCGGCACGAGAUGCGCCAGGCGGUUCGGGGUGCCUUAGAAAGAGAUAUCCCACUCACCUUGGAGAUGACCACCACCCAUAGAAGAACCUCCUUUGGAAGCUUCCAGUCCUUGGAAAAGUGGCUUGGUAUCCACUGCUUUCGCAGUUGCUCCACGGAUCUUACCCUUUCAUCGGAAUGCAAGCCACCUUCUAUCAUUCUAAACUUCGAAUUACACGGUUCCGCUUCUCUCCAGGAUGUCCGGAUCAACAUCAAGCACUUAUUUCGCCUUAUUAGUGUCGAACGCAUCCUAGAUCCCGGAGUAAUCUGCAUUUCCGGCUUUCGUGCAAGUCGAGUGGGGGACAAAACUCCAGAUCUCAGGCUUCUGUCGAAUUAGGGGACCUGGAACGUCUUCUGUUCCUCAUGGUAUCCGACAUACUCCUGGGGUGGCCGGAGAGAAAGCAAGAGGACUGCCCUGAUAUCUGGGUCUGUGGUCAUGGGACCCUACUGGGAGCAAUCUUCCCACAAAAUGCUGAGAAGGCUGAGGAAGUUAUGGGCAAUACGAGACCUUCGCUGACGCAGACGGAGGUGAAGGCCAUAGCCUAUUCGCAUGCCGAGAGAAUCUUGGGAAGUAUUGUCACGGAUCAGGACGUCACGUAUUUCUACUCCUCGUAUUCUCGGACUAGAGGACCAGCGCCCUUCUCCCUGGUAAACAUUUGGUGCAAAUUGCUUCGCCGCCAUUGGCCUAAAUACCAGGACAGACGGGAUUAUCGCGAGUAUUUACCCUGAACAACACACUAGAGGUGGAGUGAACGACGCUCAUCUGCCAGUCCGAGAGAUAUUAUCCGUACAAGCAUAUGCAGCGCCGUAUUCGGAUAUUACAUGCGAGCUUAAGGCAACCUCCAUCCGUUCUCCAUACACGCCUUGGCUCUCUUUCCGACUUGGCACAGGGACACUUGUACUGAAACGUCCGUACUGAGACGUUCGUACUGAG